AUGAAGUCUUUCUCAAUCCUCGCAGGCCUCGUUGGUCUUGCGUCUGCCAGCAACUGGAACGAGACAUGGACCCACUCUUCCUCCUCGGCCACUUCUUCUUCGUCUGACUUGACUUUGUCCUCCUCUUCCUCGGUCCUGGAGCACCAGCCCACUGGCUGGGUCAAGCCUACCGGCUGGGUCUCUGAGUCGAGCUCUUCUGCUUCCGAGUCCAAGCCUACUGGUUGGGUCAAGCCCACCGGCUGGGUUCCUGAGCACAGCUCAUCGGUUGCUUCCUCCUCUGUUGAGCAGAACGCUACAUCUACCCUUGUGACCUACGUUACCACCACAGUUUGCCCUGCAACCACUAUUGUGAACGGUCACACUUCCGUGUAUACCACAACUUCUACACUUACGGUCACUAGCUGCAAGGGCGGCUGCUCCAAGCCCACCUCAGCCCCUUCGACCUGGGUUGCCUCCCCAAACGCUACAAGCACAGAGAUUGUGUACACAACCACAUCGCUGUGCCCAGUGACUACCGUCAAGCAAGGCCAUACCUUCACAUAUUUCACUACGAGCACUAUCAUUGUCACCAGCUGCAAGGGUGGCUGCUCUAAGCCUACCCAGUCUGUUCCGGAUACCACAAAGACUUCGGAAGUCUACACAACGACCACUGUCUGCCCAGUCACUGAGACUACCGUCAGCGCUGGCAAGACCCUGACAAAGACAUACAUCACGACUUCGACCCAAACUCUGACCUCGUGCAAGGGCGGCUGCUCUAAGCCCACCGAGACUCCCAAGCAGUCCUCCCAGAGCGUUUGGACUGCCCCUUACCCGAUCCAGAACGCAACCACUCAGGGCCAUGCUGGUCCUUCUGGUGCUGUUCCCUCUGGUUGGAUCCCAGUUCCUAUCCCCUCUCAGAAGACAAGAACAGUGACUGAAUCGAUCAUCACGACAAUCACGACUUGCUCAUCCGGAGAAGUCAUCUCGACCGGCGGAUCAAAGACCACCUUGACUAAGCCCUCGGUGAUCACGACCACUUACACAAGCUACGCUACAAUCACUGCACCCACUCAGGGCCAUGUCGUUCCCACUGCUCCUAUCUACAGCAAUGGAACCACAAAGUACAUCACCGAUAUCACAACAACUUACCUAACAACUUGCCCUGUGAUUAGCUCUUACAUCACUGGCGGUGUUACCAAAACAACAUCAUAUAUCACCAUUUCGACCGCUACUUCGAUCAUCAAGGUCACAAAGUCCGGAUCGGUCCAAAUUCCCGCUACCUCGGCUCCUGAGGCACCCAAGCCCACCACUCUUACCAGAUACAGCACAACAGAGCUUACUGUUUCUUGCAAGAAGUGCGCCUCGGGAAGCCAGGUUGUCACCAGUUCCUACCCCGUCGUUGUUGUGUCAACUCCUGCUUCAUCGCCUGUGUCCGCUGUCGGAAACUCUUCGCCCGUCUCCUCUGGAAAGGUUACCGUUGUCGUUCCAGUUACGCAAUACACCACAACUUGCCCCUACACCACCACUGAUGAGCAUGGCUCGACCUCCGUCUUCUUGACAACCUCGAUCGUCAGCCACCCUGCCGAGAGCACCAAGGUCUCUUCCGCACCAGUCCAGAGCCAGCCCGCAUCAUCGCCCGUUGCCCCUGUUCAGUCUGCUCCCGUCGAAAGCCACCCCGCCCAGAGCUCCAAGGUUGAGACCACUGCACCUCUCCAGUCUGCUCCUGCUCAGAGCACCAAGCCCGUCGAGUCUGCUCCUGUCCAGAGCACCAAGCCCGUCGAGUCUGCUCCUGUCCAGAGCACCAAGCCCGUCGAGUCUGCUCCUGUCCAGAGCACCAAGCCCGUCGAGUCUGCUCCUGUCCAGAGCACCAAGCCCGUCGAGUCUGCUCCUGCAACCACUCCCGCUGCCAGCUCGCCUGUCAAGCCCACUGGAAACGUCGUCACCCAGAUCAGCGAUGGUCAGAUCCAGGCUCCCGGCCCUUCAUCUGCCCCCGCCAGCUCUGGCCCAGCCGCCUCUUCUAUCAAGUCUGUUCUGAGCAGCUCCAUUCACGCCAACGCCCCUAGCAGCACCAGCACCAGCGCCAACGUCGCCUCAGCUACAACCUCAACACCUGCUCAGUACACCGGUGCUGCCAGCAAGAGCAACGCUAGCUUCAUGGCCGCCGUUGCCGCCAUGGCUGCUGUCUUCUUCUUCUAG